AUGGAUGCAAACUUCGGCACUAUGCCGCCACCACCACCAGGUGAGGAACAAUCUGAACCCAAUGUAAAACAAUGUCACAUGGAAAUAGGCGAUGACGGUGACAAAUAUUGGACACCUGCAACCCAAAAACAGACGACACCAUAUGAAGGACAACGAUUCGAAACAAUAGAGGCCGGGAUUGAUUUCUACGAAACAUAUGCAAUGGAGGCAGGAUUUGAUGUUAGGCAUGGCACAAAGCGUAGAAAUCGCUUUGGGGAAGUGUAUAUUAAAUACAUGUUGUGUUCACGGGAGGGAUACAAGGCCAAAAGGAAGGAACCCAACAACACCACAAAAGAACGAAACAAACGGCGAAGAGUGUCCAACAGAAUAGGUUGUAUGGCGCGUAUGGUAAUCACAAAGUGUGACACUGGCGGAUACAACGUCCAUGCAGUCCAGCUGCGACAUAAACACUGCCUAUGCUCGGAGGACAGCAGACCUUUUUUAAAGAUAAAUAGGCAACUUGACAUCGGCCACAAAACAUUUUUGGCAAACUGUGCGAAGGCAAACAUAGGCCCGACAAAAGCUUUCAGACUGUUCAAAGAGAUGGUGGGAAGUUUUACUGAUAUCGGAGCAACCUGCAUUGACUUCUGCAAUUUUAGGCGAGACCUAUUAGCCUAUAUUGCUGAGGCAGACGCACAAAUGGUGAUAGAAGACUUGUUCAAAAGAAAAGAGGCAAACCCGGACUUCUAUUUCGAUUUCGACAUAGACGAAGAAGCUCAAUUAUCUAGGAUAUUCUGGGCAGACGCAGAAUCUCGGCGGAAUUUUGCAUGCUUCGGCGAUGUCAUGUCAUUCGACGCAACUUACAGCACAAACAGGUACAAGUUAGUCUUCGUCCCUUUCACGGGGGUGGAUAACCACAAAAGGUGCAUAACAUUCGGGGCAGGACUGAUUGCGAAAGAAGAUGUAGAGUCGUAUGAGUGGCUACUAAAAAGGUUCAAAACAGCAAUGGAAUACACCCCAAGAUGUACUAUAACUGACCAGGAUCCAGCACUAAAAAUAGCAGUACCACAAACUAUGCCAACAACACGGCACAGAUUCUGUAUGUGGCACAUUAUGACAAAAGUUGGUGAAAAGGUAGGACUUACCUUGUGGCAUAACGACAACUUCAAGAAGGAACUGAAUAGUAUCGUAUGGGAUGACACGCUGCCCGUAGAUGAAUUCGAGAGAAAAUGGAAGACACUAAUGAAAGACUUCAAUCUUGAAGAACAUAGGUGGUUUGCCCAACUGUAUGAGGCGCGUGCAUCAUGGAUACCUGCGUACUUCACAGACAUACCCAUGGGAGGAUUGUUGAGGACAACAUCAAGGUCAGAAUCAGAAAACAGCUAUUUCGGAAAAUUUACAAACCACCACUGCAGCUUGGUAGAAUUCAUGGCGCAAUACAAUAGCGCAAUUGGAGAACAACGACAUAAACAAAAAAAACUCAUUGCAGAGAAUGAAGGCUCGUACCCUGAAACUAAAAGCCCUUUGAGCAUUGAGAAACACGCUGCUAACGUGUACACCAUAAACAUAUUCUAUGAAUUCCAAGAAGAGAUAUGGACAGCCAGUUUCAAGUGCCACAUCACCGACAAAAACCACACAGGCGAUAUAUGGAAGUACACAGUUGAGGAAACAGGGAAGAAAACGUUUGAAGUAACACACACCCCAAAAGCGGAGAAAAUAGAGUGUCCAUGCAAGAAAUUCAACCGUGUUGGUAUACUAUGCAGGCAUGCGUUGGUGGUUAUGAAGGCAACAGGAUAUGAAACAAUCCCACAAAAGUAUAUUGUUCCACGCUGGACACGAGAUGCACGCACACAACCAUUGUACGAUGUCCCGUGGGCAACAAGAACAAAUAUUCCCACAACGAAGGAAUCAGAAAAAGUUGCCAAUCAACUUUGGAGUGAAUUCUACACCUGCAUGGGAUUGGCAAAUGGUUGGCCUAACAAAAUGGAUCAAAUGUUGGCAACAUUGCAACAACUAAAAGAAGAUCUACAAAGGGAGAGGCCACAAACACAAGAGAGUGACAACAAUGAAUCUGUGCUUGAAAGGCUAGUCGGAUCAACCAAACCAGGAGACAUACAAAUAAAACCACCCAAGGUAGCAAAAAACAAAGGAAGUGGGAAGAGAAUCAAAAGCUGCAAAGAGAAAGCCACAACAAAGAAACAAAAGAAAAAAGAAAGGACAUGCAAUAUAUGCGACCUACCAGGCCACAACAGUCGCACCUGCCCAGAUAGACUUGCAUCAAACGAAAUUUAG